AUGGGUGACCGAGUGGCCGAUGCGUCUUCGGAUCGAGAUCCUGCCCAAUUCGAGCUGGAAGAACGUCAUCAGCAAGACGUUCGGGGCCCGCCGCCCCCAUUUUCCGAGUUGGAUGUCGAGGGAAAUUUGAAGAUCGACGUCCCCUCGAAGGUGGAGAUGGCCCUCGAAAAAACGACGAAGAUCUUUUGUGCAGAAACUGGAGCCGCACAAAGCUCACCGCCGAUCCGUAGCGGU